AUGGGUGAAUUCACAAAAGCAGAAAGUUAUCUGCACCAGUCACUGGAAAUCCGAGUAGAACAAUUAGGACCAAACCAUAUUAUAGUUGCUGAUUCCUACAACCACCUGGGUGUUGUGUGUAAAAAUAAAGGUGAUCUAGAACUUGCUAAGAAUUAUCAUCAACGGGCACUGGGAAUCCGAGUAGAACAAUUAGGACCAAACCAUAUUAUAGUUUCUGAUUCCUACAACAACCUGGGUGUUGUUUGUAAAAAUAAAGGUGAUCUAGAACUUGCUAAGAAUUAUCAUCAACGGGCAUUGGAAAUCCGAGUAGAACAAUUAGGACCAAACCAUAUUAAAGUUGCUAAUCCCUACAACAACCUGGGUGUUGUGUGUCAAAAUAAAGGUGAUCUAGAACCUGCUAAGAAUUAUCAUCAACGGGCACUGGAAAUCCGAGUAGAACAAUUAGGACCAAACCAUAUUAUAGUUGCUGAUUCCUACAACAACCUGGGUGUUAUAUGUGAAAAUGAAGGUGAUCUAGAACUUGCUAAGAAUUAUCAUCAACGGGCACUGGAAAUCCGAGUAGAACAAUUAGGACCAAACCAUAUUAAAGUUGCUGAUUCCUACAACAACCUGGGUAUUCUGUGUGGAAAUAAAGGUGAUCUAGAACUUGCUAAGGAUUAUUACCAACGGGCGCUGGAAAUCCAAUUAGAACAUUUAGGACCAAAGCAUAUUAACGUUGCUGAUUCCUACAACAACCUGGGUGUUUUGUGUGAAAAUAAAGGUGAUCUACAACUUGCUAAGGAUUAUCAUCAACGGGCACUGGAAAUCCGAGUAGAACAAUUAGGACCAAACCAUUUUGCCGUUGCUGCAUCGUACCACAACUUAAGUAUUGUGUUUAGUGGUGAAGGGGAACGAGAGAGGGCUGAAUAUUAUCGUCGACGUGCGCUGGAAAUUCGGCCUGAAUAUUAA